CAUGAAAUUCGAAUUUAUUCAGAAUAAAAGUUAUUUAAACGAGUUGUUUAAUUCGAAUCUUUGAAUUUCGUAAAUUUUCUUAUCUUUUAUUCGAAUAUUUGAGUUCGAGUUAAUAUUUACGAUGGACACUUCAUUUUUACGAAUGUCUUUGAAAAAUAAAAAAUACCUAUACUUGGGUAUCGUUGCUUGUAUCUUUUUCCUCGUCACAAUACCCAUUCUGUGUUACUUCUUAAUAAAUAAAGAUUAUGGAGAUGAUAACUAUGCAGAGAAGCUUUACGUAAAUUCCUCCUCUCAACUGGGAAUCUAUGAACAUGCAGCCGUUAGUACAGACACGGCACCGUGCGCCAAAAUAGGAAAGGACAUACUGAUGAAGAAUGGAAGUGCCAUAGAAACGGCCAUUGCUACUUUAAUAUGUAUGGGGGUUGUGAAUAGUCAAAGUAUGGGAUUAGGUGGUGGAUUCUUUAUGACCAUUUACAAUAGUAACACGAUGGACGCAAUAGUAAUAGAUGCCAGGGAAACAGCUCCUAUGUAUGCAACAGAAACUAUGUUUAUGACUAACCCAAAAGGCUCUCAAGUAGGGGGACUAGCAGUCGCAGUUCCAGGAGAAUUGGUUGGUUACGAAAAGGCAUACGAAAAUUCCGCAAAAAAGUUACCAUGGAAGGACUUAUUUGAACCAUCAAUUCGUUUAUGUAGAAAAGGUUUUUCUGUUACGAAACACAUGGCAAGAGCUCUAAAAUUAAAUCGUGAUAUAAUAUCUAAAGAAAACAGAAAGUCCGUUAUUCGCAGCGUACGUUAUACGAGGCACCACUGUAAUUCAUAUAACGUCAUUAUGGGUUUUUCGGGUAAUAAAUAUUAAAUAAUUUUCAUAAAUAAUAAUACUGGAGAUGUAUUCAAAGAAGGAGAAAUUAUGACCAGAUUAGAUUUGGCUAACACAUUAGAAAAAAUAUCAAUUAAUGGAGCUGCAGAAUUAUACGGAGUAGGAGAGACUAGAAAAAAAUUUGUCGAAGAUAUUCAAAAUUUUGGAGGGAUUAUUAAAGAAGGUGAUUUAGAACAAUAUCAAGCUAUCCAGAGACUUCCGACAAUGAUUAAACUAAAAAAUAAUUUUACGGUGUAUAGUGCUCCAUCUCCUGCAAGCGGAUCUCUGUUGUCCUUAAUGUUGAAUGUUUUAGAUGAGUUUGAUUUAAGUAGUUCCUCCGAUUGGAAUACUUUAAACAAAGUUAGUUUAACCUUUCAUCGAGUGAUAGAAACAUUUAAAUUCGCAUACAGUCAAAGAAGAAAACUAGAAGACUCUAAUGACGAGGAAGUGUUAAGAACGCAUAAAAUGUUACUGGAUAAUAAAUACGCACAAGAAAUUCGAACAAAGAUAAAAGAUGACAGAACAAUGCAAGAUCCUAAAUACUAUGGUAGCGACUACGGUUUAUUGAAAAUAGAUGGUGGAACUGGACAUGUGUCAGUUGUGUCACCAAAUGGAGAUGCUGUUUCGGUAACCAGUAGCAUUAAUCUAUACUUUGGUUGUAAGCGUGUAUCUCCUUCAACCGGCAUCGUGUUGAAUAAUCAUAUGAAUGAUUUUUCUAUACCGAAUGUCACUAACUUUUUCGGAUUGCCACCCAGCGAAAAAAAUCGAAUUGAAUCAGAUAAAAGACCAAUGUCUUCUAUGAGUCCAGCUAUCGUCACAGACGACAUGGGAAAAGUAUGGUUAGUUAUAGGAGGAAAUGGCGGAUCUCGAAUCACUAGUGGAAUAGCUUUAGUAACAAUGCAAUUGCUUUGGUUAGAUAAGAAUGUCAAAGAAGCAAUCGAUAUGCUUCGUGUUCAUCAUCAGUUAUUCCCUGAGUACAUUUCGUACGAAAAUAAUUUUCCUAAAGCUAUCCUGAGAAAAUUGGAAAAAUUGGGUCAUAAAACCAAAAAGAGAGAAGGUAUCAUGUCAGUUAUAAUGGCAAUUCAUCGCGAUAAAAGUGGAAAGUGGCAUUCUAACGCCGAUUAUAGGAAAAAUGGAGAAAGCGAUGGUUUCUGAAGAUGUUCGUAGUCUUUAUUUAGAAAAUGUUUGAAAAAAUUGAUAUCUUGUUUCAUAUUAAUUGAAAGUUUUUCAUAUUUAAUCAAAUUUACAUUUGGAGAAAAAAUAUUU